AUGGCAGAAUCAAGAUUCAGUGGAGCUUUGCAAAUUACAAAUUUAGACGAUUUUAUAACUCCGUCACAAGAGUGCAUCAAACCUGUAGAAUAUAAAAAAAAGUAUGACACAGGCGCUAAAAUAAAAAUUCAGUCCAAAGAAUUUAUGGAAAUAAAUAAAAGAGAACCAGAGCAGUUAGAAAAAGUUGAAAUAACUCUAGCAGAUUGCCUAGCUUGCAGCGGAUGUAUAACUUCCGCCGAAAGUGUUCUAGUAUCGCAACAAAACCAAGAACAGCUUUUGCGUAUUUUUGAAGAGAAGAAAACUCAACAGGUUGCUUCAGAUGAAAGUGGAAAUAUAAAACUUAUCGUAGUGAGUUUUUCGGUCCAACCGAUCCUGUCUCUUGCUGAAAGAUAUGACCUGGACCCUGAGGACACUGCUCUGAGACUGGCCGGGUACUUUAGAGAGCUUGGAGCAGACGUUGUUCUCGAUAUGACUGCGGCCGAUGAUCUAGCUUUGUUGGAAAGCGCUAAGGAAUUUAUAAAGCGGUACAAUUACCAGCAAGAAGGCCUGAAGAAACAAAUACCGAUGCUUGCAUCCUCGUGUCCAGGGUGGAUUUGUUACGCAGAGAAGACUCAUGGAAGUUUUAUUUUGCCUUACAUCAGUAAUACCAAGUCUCCACAGCAAAUAAUGGGGUCGCUGGUUAAGUAUCAUUUGUCAAAACUUAAACAGGUGCUUCCAGAGAAUAUUUAUCAUGUGACAUUGAUGCCGUGCUAUGAUAAAAAAUUGGAAGCUUUCAGGGAUGAUUUUUUGAAUUAGAACAAAUGUUGGAGCAACAAAAUAAAAAAUUAAGCGAUUUUGAACCAAGUGUCAUGGACUCACCUUUUGGUACCUUAGAAUUUUCUAAUAAGCCCAAAUACAUUUGGGGUCAUUCCGGUUCUGGAUCUGGCGGAUACGCUGAUUUUAUUUUUAAGUACGCUGCUAAAAAUUUGUUCCAAAUGACAGAUGUAAAGCUAGAGUUUAAAGAUUUAAGAAAUCCAGAUUUCAAGGAAGCUGUUUUAGAGCAAGACGGUAAAGUACUUUUGCGAUUCGCUAUCGCUAAUGGGUUCCGAAAUAUUCAGAAUCUUGUACAAAAGUUGAAGAGAGACAAGUGUGUGUAUCAUUACGUUGAAAUAAUGGCUUGUCCUGCAGGCUGCUUGAACGGUGGAGCGCAAAUCAGGCCUCGAAAUGGCCUACAGUCUCGACAAUUGGUCUCAGUUUUGGAGUCUUACUACCGAAAACUUGGUGAAAUGAACCCAGAGAAUAAUCCGGUAGUCAAAAAAUUGUACAAUUCGUGGCUGGAUGGCGAAGAUUCGGAUAAAAAUCUUGCAUUUGUUCAUACUCAGUAUCACGAAAUUGAAAAAACGAAUAUUGCUUUAACGAUUAAGUGGUAA